GUCUUUUCUACCACGCUUCUGCAUUGCUUACUAGGAAUUCAGAUUCGGGUUGUAGCAAAAAACACCACACUCCGUUGCAGAGUUGACUUCCGUGGAAGCUGUGUGGUGACUCCAGGAACAUGGCUGUCUUCGUACCACGUCCUGUGGCUGUGGUGUUUCUGCCAGCUGGCUCAGGGAGCAGUGCCAGGCGCGCAAUGCUGACCACAACCUGCAGCGUGACCGGCCCUUUCAGCCAGCAUGAAGUUCCCUGCAGGUCCGGAUGGAAGUGUCCUUCCAUGAGGAUGCUCACAGUAGUUAAACUUGUUUUCUACGGAGCUGUUGUGCAUUUACUCAGGAUGAUGUCAGAGCCAAGGAAUGAGCAAGAGAGCACAAUUCCCAAUAUGAGCAACUCCAGGCACAUCCUCAUACUCCACGGCAUGAUGUUUAUUACUUCUUUCACCUCUGAGACUGCAAAUCCAAGUGCCAAAAUUAAUUCUUAUGGCUGCUGAAACAGAAUAAUGAAAAAAACCCCAACACAACAGUAACCUGUCCUUCAAAGACUGUGCUAUUAAGUGACAGCUCUGCCACUAUGUAAAAAAGGAACUCGAGCCAUGUGUUGCAAUUCUGUGGUAUUGCGGUGAAACGGAGCAUCCCUUUCCUUUCGGAGUUUAGGAGUAUUUAUAAGGGAGCCAGCACUUUGCUUCCUUCAGAUCACAAAACCAACCUGUCUGGCAACUUCAGCUAACAGGCACUACAGGAAAAGAUGUCUCACCUGCUAUUUGCCAUACUUUCACUAUUUUCCUUUGCUGCCCUUCUGGAAGCCCAGUGGAAACUGAGAGAAAAUGUGUACGUCAUAGAAUCCGAGUGGAAUGAUGGGACACCAGCUAAAAGAGUGGAGCUCACCUGUAACACAUCUGAUGAGUCAGUGCCAGUGUACUGGAAAAAGGACACUGAGCUGAAAGGAACUGGAAAGACUCUGAUUGCUGAAGUGAAAGAGUUCCCAGAUGCUGGCAACUAUACCUGUCUGACAGCUAAUACCCAUGAAAUCGUCAGCUAUGAUUUCUUCCUCAUAACUAAAAUAGACUCCAAUGGGCAAAUGAUAAGGUCAAUUCUGAAAAGCUUUAACGAGCCAAACAAGACAUUUUUAAAAUGUGAGGCAAAGAACUACUCUGGAAUUUUCAUAUGUUCAUGGAUGACAGAAAAUGAGAGUCCAAAUGUGAAGUUCACAAUCAGGAGUCUAAAAGGCUUUCAAGGAGACGUAAUCUGCAGCAGCCCUGUAGCUCGCACUGAUACAUCAGUGACUGAAUACACAGCUCAGUGCCAGAAAGAAAGCUACUGUCCCUUUGCUGAAGAGCAUGAGCCAACCGAGAUGUUCCUGGAGGUCAUUGACGAGGUGGAAUAUGAGAACUACACUAGCAGCUUCUUCAUCAGAGAUAUCAUAAAACCUGACCCACCCCAAUGUCAGUAUGUGGCCACAAAUAGAACAGUGACCUGGACAUAUCCCAGAACAUGGAGCACCCCCAAGUCCUACUUCCCUUUGACUUUCAGGGUCAAAGUUGAAAGUACAAAGAAACGCAAAAGCCAGACAGAGGUCUAUGACACUGAUGAGCAGUCCAUUCAGAUUCCAGCGACUGGGCCAAAGAGCAAGAUCUCUGUGCAGGCCAGGGAUCGCUACUACAAUUCAUCCUGGAGUGAGUGGUCUUCACUUUGCAGAUAACCACUAAGAGAUUCAAGGAGAAUGGCACAAUGCUCCUAAAGAAACCAAAGAAUGAAUUAGCACAAGAACAUAAACAUAACUAGAAGAAAGUCUGCAUGGAGAUUAUUAAGAAGCCAUACCUUACUUUUUCGUAAUAGAUUAAUAUGGUUCUGAUUUUGGCAGCUCUUUUAAAUUCCUUGGAUUUUAGUCAUAACUUUAGCAUACAUCAUGUUAUAUUAACAUGCAUAGUAUUUUGAUGCAUUGCUGUUAGCUAUUAUUAUAGGUUCAGCGUAUUCUUGUAUUGCAUCUAUUUAUUUAUUUAUUAUUAUUUAUUUACUUGACAUGACUUGCAAUGCCAGAUGAUGGCAGUUGCUAUUCAAACUGUUUCAUGUGUUAAUUUAUUUGGAAAGGUAACUUGCUGAAAGAACUGUUCCAGUAUUCCAUUAUUUAACUGUUUAAUUAUUUGAUAAUUUAAUUAUUUAUUUUAAUUUAUUGUUAUUUAUUAUGUUGAAAUAUCUUGGCACAGAAAGCCUUGGCUGCAUGGGGCAGCCAAGUAUCAUGUCUCAGGGCCAUCCUCGUUGUCCAAUCUGAUGGCAGGUAUUUUGGUAACAGAAGGAAUUGCAAGUUCCGAGUCCCAGCAAUGUUAGCUGCUGGAGUUUUUCCACUGCUUGUGCUUACAGCAUGUUGAUGUCCAGGUAUGAACACUGCAAAUGGUUGUUGCCUGAGAGAUCAACCGCUCUUAAAGCCCUACGCCUGCAGCAGAGCCCGAGUUGCAAUGGCAGCAAUGGGAGCACAGGCAUGGAGGCAGCUUUGAGGUGCUGUGGUUGGAAGAGUCCUGUUUCUGGUGCCACCUCUGGUGAACAUGAAAGAAAAAGGGAGCCAGUAGCUAAAUAUAACACCUCCUAAGCAAAACUCCUUUCUUUCAUGCCUGUGAUCAUUAGAGGCCCUUUGUUCAGUGACCCACAUGUACCCAGUGCAUCUUUUGCAGUGGGGUUUUCUGACAGUAAAGUUAAACCAGAUCUGCUUUGCCACAGGCAAAACCACAGGGCACAAGUAGUCAGGAAUCUGCAACUGAAACUAAGGCAGCUUAAAUGAUUUAAGACUAACUGCAGUGUAUCUGGUGUUUCAGAUAGCAAUUGGUAACUGGUUUUAUCUGUGGAUGUUAAACAUCUAGUUAGAGUUUUAGAAUACAGUUUUUUAUAGUUCAUUUUGAAAGUAUUGCCCUACUGCUGCAACAUGUGCUAGGUGCCUUCACAGAACCUUAGCGAAAAAAUCAAGUCCUGGUUCUGAACUGCUUACAGUGUAAGUGCCCAGGUCUGGAAAGAAGUAGAAGCAAGUGUUUGAAGCCCAUACAUUUUUGUCAAACCACCUAAGUCCUGACCUCUAGGAGGGCAAAAUACAUUCAAAUACCUUUGAAGAUUUAGGCCUUUUAGAUUUCCAUUGUGACCAUGCUUCCUUUUUUCCCAAUCUUAGCAAUGGGUGGUAAUUUAAGAUAUUUAAACACUGAAAUGUGGGAAGUAUCUGAUGUUUCAGAAAACUGUUGACAAUCUAGUUACAAGUGCUGGUUUUUAUUUAUUUUAUUUAUUUAUUAUACAAGUGCUGUAUUUAUUAAGGUACACGUCUUAUUUCUGCUAUAAAUGCAAUUUACUGUGCUUUUUUAUGAAGAAUGUAAUAAUAAAUACAUCCAAAACCAGGAAAA